AUUUCAAUUGUUUUUUUCUAUUUUUGAGAAAUACAUCAGCGCCACCAAUGAGCUUCGUGAGAACAAGUGUAACGCGCGAACAAGCUGAUUUUCCCUCCCGUUCCCCCCUGACAUAUUCGUUGCUUUCUGUAUUUUAUCAUGGGUUUGCAUUGGUCCGUUGAGUGUCAAAAAGUAGCUUUGCGUGUGUUCGUUUUAUUUGCUUUUUCUUAAACAUUUGCUAAAUUAUGCAUUGUAUUAUAUUUCGGUUGAAAAUGGAUGACGGAAGAUAGUGCGUUGGAGGCGUUGAAAGGAUUCGAUUUUACACCUUGCUUGGAAUCUGUGAUAGUCAACAAAGUCUAAAGACAAAUUGAAAGGGACAUUGCCUCCCUUUACACUAGUACACCUAAGAAGAAAGUUAUGGAUAUAUCUUUCCCGAAGUAUUUUGAAGAGUGUUCCAAGACCUUCCAAGAUAAUGAUAGUGGCUAUAUGUCGCACCACCAGGAAUCCAACAAUUCAGACUGGCAAGGGAUACCAGUACCUGCACCAGCAACUACAGUCAGUGAGUCUUUAUAUUUAAAUGAAGAUGCAUUAUUGGAGAAGCCUGAAAGUGUGACAAAAACUGAAGAGACAAAGGCUGUCUAUGACGAAUAUUCUAACCAAUCAUAUUUUCACACAAUAGUUGAUGCUUCUGUAAGUACAGUAAAGACUUCAUUUAGCGGCAUGGAAGAUACUGAUGCUUCGUUUGAAUCUGAAACAUCUCCUAUUUUAACUGAGCAGCAACCAAUAGUUUAUGUAGUGGAAGAAACAUUGGGAAAUCAAGACAAUUUUGCAAAUUGGUUUCAAACAAAUAAGGAAACAAAUAACUUUACAAGCAAGCAAGAAUCUAAUACUUUAUUAAUUGAGUUUAAAUCACCAGCGAAGCAGUUAUUAGAAAAUGAACAUAAAAUUUCUACACCAACUAAAAUAUGUGACAUAAACAAUCAGAAUGAUUUUAAGAAGUUUAAAACUCCCACAAAACCAGUGGACAAGAAGUAUAAAACUCCUACGAAAAGAAAUGCAGAAAAUGAUUUUAAUGCAAUAAACUUAACAGAAAAUGUAGUUAAGACAAUUUCACCAAAAAAGAAAAGGAAAAGGUCAGUAACACCACAAAAGAAAAUUGAGUUACCCAAAAAUAUUGAAAGGAGCCCAGAUUUAUUCUCUGAGGAUGAAUUUAUUUCACCUGUAAAAACACCCAAAUUUCAGAAUACUACUGUAGCUGAAAAGUAUGUAUUCACCAAUGACAAGAAAUUGGUUAAAAAAAUUGCAGGCAGUUUAAGUGGUGUUCUUCCACCACCUAGUUUAACCACCAAUCAUUUAAGUAUUGAUGAGAUAUUGAACAAAAUUAAAGAGAAUGAUAGUUAUUUUUGGUCUGAUGCUUCAUGUGAAAAUAAGUCAGAAACUCUUCUUGUAAAUUCAGGAUUGGAUGUUUCACAGGAGCAAAAAUGGCCUGAUAUUUUACAAGUCAGGUAUCAUGGAUUGCAUUAUAAUUGCAGUAAGGUCUCUGAAGAACUGGAAUCAUUAUGUAUGAAAUAUAGUCAGAGAUAUGUGGGUUCGGAAACACAAUCAAGUUGUACUGUCUUUGAUAAUACAAUGUCUAGUCCAUUUAAAAGAAAGGCCAAUAGACUUAGAUGGACAGCCAAGUCACCAGGAAGGAGAUUAAGUCAUUUAGCCCGAAGGAGGAUUACAUUUUCAAGUGCUAAUUUACAAGCAGGUUCCUCAUCUUCACAUUCUAGACAAGUUAUGAUAGAUGCCAAACGAUUUGAAUUACUUUCAAGACCAAAAUCGAGUCCGAAAAAGUUGAUGAAAAGUCCUAAGAAAUCUAUUAAAACUCCAAGCAGCUCUGUUAAAAAGAAAAUGUCUUUGAGAUUUACAGUCCUACCACAUGAUGACAACGUAGCGGGACCAUCCUCUUCUUCCUUGAGAGCAAGCGCUACGAAAAGAGCUUUAUUUCAGAGUCCAGAAAAACCCGCCAAGCUGACUAAAAUUGUAAUACCCAGUACUUCAAAUUCGGCUCUAAGUCCAUGGAAGAAGCGCAAUACACCAAAAAGGGCAUUAUUUAACUCACCUAAAAAUUCUCCUUCAAAAAUUGGUACAUCAAUUGAAGGUACCAAAAGAAAACGUAUGGAUAAUGAUGAACCACCCUGUAAAUUUCCAAGGAGUCAACCUAUGAUGGACAGCACUGAUGUGAAACCUAAAAAAAAUGAACGUACAAAGGGCGAUAGUCGUCUUUCGCUGCCGCCUGUCGAGUUGAGCGCUCACCAUAAGAAGAAAUUGCAGUGGGCAGUUUACGAGGCCCUUCGUGGACAAAAUAUUACUGUCACGCAUCCUCAGUUCAAACAGUUUGCUUCUGUUUUGGCAAGGGUUACAAGAAGAUUACUGCCGAAUUUGACCACCGGCCAAAAAACAGAAAUUGGCACAAGUGAACGAAUGCUGCGAAUUGCUAAACAACACGUGUUCUCAGUGACUAAAUGUAAAACGGUCGAAGAUAUAAUAUUGACUUAUGAGGCUAACCGACUGAAAACUAUAAAACCUAGUGGUUAUGUAGCCAAGGAAGAGCCCGAAAAGAAAAUUGAUGUGUCCGUUGCUCGAGGCAGUAGGGAUGUUUUCCAAGACAAGGCAAACAUUAUAAAUAGCUACGAAAAAGUGGCUCCACCCCAACCACCCGCAAGACCCAUGAGCACAAUUGAAAAUCGCGUCGAAAGGGUUAGAAAAAUUAUAAAUUUUGACGAUGAUUCAGCGAUGAGCUUUAGGUAACAUCAAAGGAAGCAUUAUUA